AUGCCGCCGCCACGGCGAAAGCGGAAGGCGGCCCCAUCCGAGCCACGGCGGCACCCACCGUCCCGCCUGGAAUUUCAUGCCAUAGUGGACGGCGCGUGGUACGAGGCACGCGUGGCUAUACAAUGCGGCGCGCUGCGGGUCAUGUACGAGGAGUUCCUCGAGGAGCAGGACGAGUGGUACGACCCCACCGCGCUCGCCGCUUCCUCCGCGUGGGAUGUAGCCAAGCUCCGUGCCAGGUUCUGUGUGCCAUCCACACCCCUAGAAGACACCCAGUGUCGCGAUCUCCAUGCCGGCGCGCGGCUCUAUGUCUCUUGUUCGCUCGACGACGACAACCUCAAGUUCUACGACGUCGUCCUCGAUUCGGUGUUUACAGCGGCUCACCAGAUCGCUAAUGGCAUGGAGCGGUGCGUGUGCCGUUUUGCGGUGCAGUGGUCAGAUGGACCGCAUGCUGGGAGCAUGGAGGAGGUCAGCAUUGAGCGGGUUUGCUGCUUGCAGUCCUCGCCGGUGCAAGAUCCAGUGCUUAUCGAGUUCCUAGACGGCGUGACCAAGCUGGUCGGGGAUACCAACGGGGAAACGAUGUCUCAGGAGAUCCGCGCCGCACCGGCAGCCGAAGGCGGCGUCCCUGCAAACGCGCCACCGGGAUUUCAACGGAAAUUUGGGUCCAGCAAGUAG